AUGUCAUAUUCAGAAGACUCAGUGUUAUCCAUCUUAUCCCACCAUCUGAACGAUUCUUUUAGUCUGGAAGACAUCAUGGGCAAGUUGAACAGUUCUGAGGAAUUGAAGUGUUUGUUGAUGCAGGAGGAAGAAAAACAGAUGGUCAACUCCAAAGUUGGCGAAGACAAUGUUGUUCAAUGUAAUACUUAUUGGGAUAGUGUUUUGUGUUGGACGUCUACACCAGCUGGAACUACCGCUGUAAAGAACUGUAUGAAGGAGCUGAAUGGAGUGGAAUAUGAUACUACACGAGUAUUGAGUUCCAAAUAUCUAUGGUCAAAGGAUGAUGACAAAUCUAGGCAGCCUUACCCUUAA